CUGCCUCCAUCAAUAAAAUUGGUAAAGACUUUCUACACCUUGGGCAGAGAAGCCCGUGUUGACAUUUGCGCGCUGACGAGUAUUGUUGAUACCUGUGCACGAAAAGAACAAGAAAUUUGCUUUUGGAAAGUUUGUUUGUAUUAUCGCAGCUGUAACACGUCCGCGAUCCUCCCGGAAUCGGAAAUAAGGCGAAAAUGAAAGUCCUGCCCCAGCAUCUGGCCGUACCAAUAUUCGCAAAAUGAAACGACAACGGGUCAAAGCUGAACCGAGCAGCAGUCAUGUUUACGUGGAGGAACCGUACACGAGUGAGGGAUAUGAAUUCCCACUGGCUCAACACAAAUCGGCACCCAUAGAGCGAUGGCUGGAGGCGCAAAUCCUUCCGGGUGAUACGCUGCAAGCGAUCGCGCUGAGAUUCAACUGUUCGAUACCUCAAUUGAAGAAGUUGAACAAAAUAGACAAGGACAACGAAAUCUAUGCACGAAACGUGAUUCGCGUUCCGGUGACCCCACACUCAAUCCUACUGGAAACCCUACCGCGCGUGCACACGAGCGGGAACAGCAGCCCCAAAAACAUCACAACCACACCGCCGAGUGUAAGCCAUGUUGCGGUGGAAGCGAAAGCCACCUUGGACGAGAAGCUGAUUCUUGCCGCCGUAAGCAACGCCUCCAUUCAGCCGAGCAGCAGCGCUGCCACACAGUUUCCUAGAAAGUCUUCCGGAAAACACAGGGACCGUGCCGACCGCUCGAGUGAAAUCGCGCUCGACGAUUUGCACGGCGAAGAUGAUGCGGGAUUAAGCGAGCCGCUGCUGCUGAGCGGCGAGUAUGACGAUAGCUUUCCGCAGCCGCGGCCACUGCGGCUGCCGGCAAAUGACUUUUCAUGCAAUGGGAGCGAUUGUGAUAUAUCCUGGAUUUGUUUGCUCGUCUUUAUCCUGGCGCUUUGCUUCGCAAUUCCACUUAUUUAUGUAGUGUAUGUGGCGGAACACAUAGAAAAAUAUCAUCACGAUAGUUUUAAUGUAAACCACAGCGCGAAACUGUGACCACGGGGAAGGCAUUGUAUAACGAUUAUAUAUAUAUAUAUAUAUAUAUAUAUAUAUAUAUAUAUAUAUAUAUAUAUAUAUAUUUACAUACACUUGUUUUGUUAGUGUCCUUUUCCGUAAACUGUAUUCUGUAUUACGUUUUUCGUGGAGGCAACGGCCCGAAGAGGUACGGCGACUAACUGAAGGAUUAUGAGCGGCGAGCGGUGUCAAACAUCUGUAAAAAAGAGUGCCUUUUACAUCUGUUGAUUAGCUCUUUAAAUAAAAUGAUAUUUUCACAGGCAAACCAAUCCGAUACCCGUUCAAA